GUCAAAUGAUGUUGAAAAUGGAAGAUUUAACUAGAUCCUUCUUGUAUGCAGUGAUUUCUUUCUCACUCCUUUCAUUUGCAACCGGAGAUGUCAGGUUUACUCGUUCUCCUCCCUCGAAGAUCUUUGCCAUCGAAGAUAAUACUACUAAAUUGAACUGGGAAUACUAUGUGAGUGACAAGACAACAGAUUUUGCCCUCAAGUCACCAAUAUGGGAAUAUUCCAAUGAUAAUGGAAAAAAUUGGAUAGAAAUUGCGAACGAAGCAAUCGCCAGGUCUUGGAAUUGGACUGUUUCUGCCUCAUGUCCUCCAAGUUUAAAACCUCGGCUGAAGAAAUUAUACAAUGCUACGAUCCAGAUUGUAAAUGUUACCUUCAACGACACUGGAACAUAUAGGUGUAGACUCAUGUUAUCUUCUGGCACCUCGAUUCCCAGAACGACAAUACUGAAUGUCACUUCUAAAGGGCAAACGAAGGUUCCUUCCACAGUUACUACAGGAGGUGGAGAUGGUACUGAAAGUGGAAGUGAAGAUGGAAAUAGAACAACGGCAACAUCUACUCCAUCUUCAGAACCACCGUGUGAUACAACAUGUAUUGUUAUCAUUAUUGUAGUUAUCGUCAUUUUGAUUUUGGUCAUUAUUGUGGCCGUUUACUGUUAUAAAAAGAAACAAAAAUUAAGGUUAGAAAGAGCACGAGAGGGAAACGAAAGCAAGAAGGGCAGCCUGAACUGACUUAUGUUUUAGGACUUUGGUUGUCAAAAAUUAGCAACUUGCACCUUUCUUAGUCCUACAUUAAGGAAUUUGAGCUUCAUAGGGUUCGUGCUACUCCUUGAAAUCCUUGAAAAGUCCUUGAAUUAAAACCACG